AUGCCUGCUGCUGAAAACGUUGCUUCGAAUCCUCCUUCUGCUUCUUCUGAGGAAAAGCCAAAGCCUUGCUGUGCUUGCCCGGAAACCAAACAAGUCCGUGAUCAGUGUAUGCUGAAUUCGGAAAAUGGCCCCAUUGACUGUGCCAAACUAAUUGAAGCCCAUCGACAAUGCAUGGCCCAAUAUGGCUACAAGGUAUAA